AUGGUCCCCGGCACCGCUGGAGGGGCCCGGGAGGGCAGCUUCCCGAAAACCGGCAUUCCCGGCUCUUCCUUUGCUCCUUCUGCCUCGGGAGCCGAGGUGAGCGUGGAACUGAGCUGUCCUUGCUGCCGGGAUAGCCGCGGUCAUAAACGUGAGGCGGUUGAUCCAUAUGGAUUUGAAAGGCCAGACGACUUUGAUUAUGAGUCCUAUGAAGCAUUCUUUUCCAGAUACCUAGUGGUACUCACUAGAAGAGCAAUAAAAUGGUCCAAGCUCCUAAAGGGAAAUAACACUAUACAGAAGAGUUUAAAAGUGAAGAGAUACAUCAGGAAAGGCAUCCCCAAUGAACACCGUGCACUCAUCUGGAUGAUUGUGAGUGGGGCCCAAACCAACAUGGAGCAAAACCCUGGAUAUUACCACAAACUACUUGAAGGAGAGAAGAAUGACAAGCUGGUUGAAGCAAUCAAAACAGACAUGAACAGAACAUUUCCAGAUAAUGUAAAAUUUCGCAAAACUGCUGAUCCCUGUUUGCAGCACACACUCUACAAUGUAUUGGUAGCCUAUGGGCAUCAUAAUAAAGCAGUAGGAUAUUGUCAGGGCAUGAACUUCAUAGCUGGAUACCUGAUUCUUAUUACAAAGAAUGAAGAGGAGUCCUUUUGGUUGCUAGAUGCUCUUAUUGGAAGAAUAUUGCCUGAUUAUUAUAGUCCUGCAAUGUUGGGCCUGAAAACUGAUCAGGAAGUCCUUGGAGAACUUGUGAAAAUGAAAGUCCCAGCUGUGGCAGAGCUGAUGGAACGACAUGGUGUCAUGUGGACCCUAGUGGUGUCACGCUGGUUUAUAUGCUUGUUCAUUGACAUUCUUCCAGUAGAGACUGUGCUCCGAAUAUGGGAUUGUUUGUUCUAUGAAGGCUCAAAGAUCAUCUUCCGGGUGGCCUUAACAUUAAUUAAGCAACACCAAGCUUUUAUUUUGGAAGCCACAAAUUUCCCUGACAUUUGUGAUAAAUUUAAGCAGAUCACCAAAGGGACAUUGGUAACGGAGUGUCACAGCUUUAUGCAGAAAAUAUUCACAGACCCUGGAAGUUUGUCCAUGGCCACAAUCAACAAACUCCGAGAGACUUGCAGAGAGAAGUUGCUUUCUCAGGGAUAACUCACCAGAUUUAAGCAGGUGGUCAGAUACUACAGCAAUUGACACAUUCCUCUAUUUGCACUGACUUAAGCACACUUUAAGUUUUCCAUGAGUUAACUGACACUUGACCAAUUUUUCCUGCCUUUCAAGUAAGUGUUGUUAACACUUUGUACUGUAUAUGUCAGACUUGAUAACUGGAACUGAUGGUUCUGUUCUUGUUGUUUGCUGUUGUUUUUGUAAGUAUUAAAGUGUUUCCAGAGUAGAAUGUGCUCAGUGUCAGAACACU